GCUCUUUUUCUGACGGCACCCUCAUAUGGUCCAGCAGAAUGGUAAUUUGGCUCUAUUUUAGAUGGCAAUGUUGCCAAACAAGUCUUAAAAAAUGGUUUAUUUUUCAUUUUUCUCAGCAAAAUCUCUCUCCCCCUCAUUCACUCUCUGAAGCUCGGCAAAUGAGAGAUAUCUGAAUCUUCUCCAAUCUAAUCACAAUUUCUCUUCGUUUUUGUGGGUCUGAUCUGUUUUUAUAUUAAAUGGAGCAGAUUAAGUUAAUUCUCGUCACUGUUUCUUCUAAUAGGGCCUUGUCAAAUCUGAAAAUCUUAUACAAAGAGAAUCAGAUGUUAAAUUUCAAAAACAGCUGAAAAUUCAAUCUGAUCAGAGGUUUUCGACGAUUCCAGUAACUGUCUACAAGUGAACCGAGUGUGGAAUUUCGAGCAUAUACUGGAUUUGGAAGCAGCUAUAUCUCACGGUAAAAUUGUAUUUUAUUUUUUUAUCUUGUCUAUCUCGUGUACUGUCCGAAUGAUAUAAACCAAAAUUGCAAUGUUUAUUUGGGUAUUUGCUAUUGAGAAGGGGUCACACACAGACAGCAGGGUAAUUGAAUGCUAGUAUUUCACAAUGAUGUAGUAGUGUUGUAUGUUAAAUUUUGUGCUGAAUGAACGAAUCAUAGUACAGAUGCUUAAAUAGCAACAGUGGCGUCAUUGAGCAGUCUAGGUAGUCAGCUUCCAGAAAUAUUUAAAGAGUUCUAAUAUGAACCCCAUUCCAUAUUUUGAGUAUGAAUCCACUCCAUAUGCUGACACCUCGUCACCUUUUUACCCUCCCAUGAUAGAAACCUUUUUAAAGUGGACCCGUUAAAACAAAUAAAUUAUUUAUAACUGUUUUUCACAUUUUUGUAUAGUUAAAUUUAUGUUUAGGUGAUGAUGAAGUGUCAGCAUAUGGGAGGGGGAUUCAUACCCAAAAUAGGUUUCUGCUUGUUAUACCACAUGCACGAAACUUUAGUGUUUUGAGAAGACAUGUGCUGCUGAGAAGAUGUCUGUUGUUUAGCUGCAGUUGUUUGUGCCUAGCAUGUGAAUUGCUAAGUGGAUUGUCAAACCAUGUAUAGUGUCUCACAUGGUCCCGGGUUUUCAUUGUAAUGAUUUGGUUGAAAAAUAUGCAGGGUUUGUUCUUCACGGUUGAGAUGUUAAAUUAUUUUUAUCACUGAUGUGAAAUUUGAAAAUGUGAUCUUCAAUUCCAGUUUGUGUUAUUGGAUUCAAGCUAUUCAGAGGAAGAAUUUGUGAUUCAGCCACUGAUUCUCCAUAACUUCUUUUGAGGAUUUCCGUUAUUUUUCUCAUUUUCCACUAGGAUUCUGCUGGAUUCUUAAUUUUCUAGAUUUCUAGGUUGUAUAAUAUUUCUGGGUGACUGCAUUUGCUGGGCUACCUUUACCGGAUACAAGUGAUUCGGCAGUGGAAUCAAACACAGGUAGAUGGUCGAAGACGGAUUUGAGAAGCUGUCUCAAGGUUACAAUAAUAAUAAAAUGGAGAAGGAUGAAUAUAAAGAUUUCCAAAACCCAUUAUUAUCUCAUUGUCAUAAGCAGCAAGAAACAUUCUUGACACCAAAAGAAGAUACUGGCGAUAGUAACUUUACAGAAAAAGUAGCAGAAACUCUUAAAAUGACACCAUCGGUAGUGUACGAGGAGACCAGACGAGCGUUAUCUGAUGAUAAUCAUAAUGAACAAUAUCAGCAGCACCCAUUUGGCCAUCAACUUAGUGAAUUCACAGGAAAUCAUACGGCUAUGGAGCAGAACCAUAAAUCUGAGAGUGACGAGGUGGUGAAUAAAAAGUAUAUUUUGGAUGGAUACGAGCAACUAUACUAUGCAGCAUAUGAUGGUGACUGGGAAAAAGCUAGUAAGUUUUUCGAAAAGAAUCCACAAGCAAUUCUAGAAGUGAUCACAGAAGAACUAGAAACAGCUCUGCAUAUAGCCGUACACAGGAGCCACUCGGUGUUUAUAGAGGAGAUUGUGAGAUUCAUGCCACCAGAAGUACUGGAAUAUAAAGCAAGAUGCAACGAAUCUACAGCACUUCACUUCGCUGUCAUGUAUGGAAAUCUCAAAGCAGCUGAGGUGAUGGUGAAUAAGAACCGGAUGUUGACUCAGAUACGCAAUUGCGAUGGGCGGGUACCCCUUGCUCUUGCUCUUAUGUAUACUACAGGUGCACAGAAGGAGAUAGUUGAGUACCUUUACUCUGUAACUAGAGAUGAGCACCCAAGUCCGUUCUCAGGUCAUGGUGGUGCUAGCCUGUUAUGUGAUGCAAUUAAUGAAGAGUUUUACGGAUUGGUGAGUACGAGGUCGAAGUGGUCUAAGCAAUAUGGGUUCGAAAUACUUGUUGAGAAGCCAUUUACCUUUUUCAGUGGAGCCAGGCUAAUGUGGUGGCAACAUUGCAUUUAUUCAUUAAUUCAAGUGGACAUGGAUGCUGCACAUUUCCAUGACAGCGAUGUAAACGAGAAAAACCCUUCGAGGAUAUAUGAAGGGAACAGAACAGAAAAAGGUAACCGUUCAGAGAGCUCAGAAAGCAGUGAAACAGACGAAGAGAACCCUUCACAAAGCAUAAUAGGGGACAAUGGGAACCCUUCAAGGAGCUCAAAAGGCACCGAACGAAAUGAAAAGGGUCUUUUGGAGAACUCCGAAGUACCCUUACCAACUAGUAAAGACUCGUCAAUAAUCAAGUGCAUCUCAAUCUUCAUCAUGCCUUGCCUGAUUCGAGUGCCUCAUUUCAAGCAAUUGUACAAGCAAAAGUUGAUGCACAAACAGGCUUUGGCAUUGGUCCAAGAUAUGUUAACACAACUCGAUGAAACAAUGAACAGGAAAGAGCUAAAAGAGUUUUUUGAGAGUUCUACCUUCAUCAAAACAGCUAUAACGCAUGGAUCAACAGAGUUUAUAAUGGCGACUCUUAAGAAAUUCCGUUGCCUAAUUAUGCAUGAAAUUUCAGGACAAACGAUGGUGCAAAUGGCAGUCGAAGAACGAAAUGAUACUAUUUUGAAUUAUUUAUGUGAAACCGCUGAUAUUAUGGGGAAAAAAAUGGAUCUUGUUUCUAAAGAUGACAAAAGUUAUAACACUAUUUUGCACUAUGCUGCAAAUUUGGCGCCUUCGGCUAAACUCAAUUUGGUUUCCGGUGCAGCUCUACAGAUGCAACGGGAGUUACAGUGGUUUAAGGGUGUGGAACGUAUCCUGCGCAUGAAGAGUAGGUGCAGGACAAAUGGAGAUGGAAAUACUGCUCAACAUAUAUUUACAGAAGAACAUAAAGGUUUGGUUGAGAAGGGUGAGAAAUGGAUGAAGGAUACAUCUGGAUCUUGCAUGUUAGUAGCUGCAUUAAUUGCUACUGUAGCAUUUGCAGCUGCCUUCACAGUCCCUGGAGGUAAUAUUAGUGAUACUAGUAACGCUAUAAAUGGCACCCCAGUUUUCCUGGGAAGGACAUCAUUCACGGUCUUUGUAGUAGCAGAUGUGUUAGCUCUGUUCUCUUCUAUCACUUCGGUACUUAUGUUUUUAGCAAUAUACACAUCACGGUAUGCAGAAGAAGAUUUCCUCAAGUCUUUGCCACAAAAACUGAUCAUAGGACUUGCAACUCUAUUUGUAUCUAUGGCCACCAUAUUGAUAGCUUUUAGUGCAUCACUCUUUAUUGUCCUUGGAGAUAUAUUUACGUGGGCACUGAUUCCUAUAACGCUAUUUGGCUGUGUUCCUGUGGUCUUGUUUGCAUGGUUACAGUUACCGUUGUUUGUUGAAUAUGUACGUUGUGCGUACUGGGGUAAACUUUUCUGGAAACAUAGAUAUAUGGAACCUACAGUAUAAUGAUAUAAAGAAAUAUAAUUGAACUUUCAGUGCAGUGGAACGAAUUUUGUUCAUUAUUGUGCA